GCGAUGGCGUCACAAUGGAGCGUGGUGGACUUCAUCCCGGGAGGCGAAAACUGAUCAACAUCCGGGACAUCGGAACUCGGUUCACAGCGAUAACCCCGACUGACAGUACGGACCGACAGUGCAGCGGAGUGGUAAAAUGGAUGAUGGGAAGCCAGUGUGGGCGCCCCACCCGAUAGACGGGUUUCAGCUGGGCAGAAUCAUCGACAUCAGCGCUGACAGUCUGACCAUCGAAACUCUCAACCAGAAGGGGAAGACCUUUCAAGCUCCGGUCAAUCAGGUGUUCCCUGCUGAAGAUGAUGUCAGCAAACAAGUGGAAGACAACUGCUCGCUGAUGUACUUGAAUGAAGCCACACUACUAAAUAAUGUGCGUGUGCGCUAUAGUAAAGAUAAGAUUUAUACAUUUGUUGCCAACAUCCUUAUCGCUGUGAACCCGUAUUUUGAGAUUCACAAGCUGUAUUCUCCAGACACCAUUAAACAGUACCAGGGCCGAUCGCUGGGCACACUUCCACCACACGUCUAUGCAAUAGCGGAUAAAGCCUAUCGGGACAUGAAAGUGUUGAAGAUGAGUCAGUCCAUCAUUGUGUCAGGAGAGUCCGGAGCUGGAAAAACUGAAAACACCAAGUUUGUCCUCAGGUACCUAACAACAUCUUAUGGCACAUGUCAAGACAUUGAUGAAAGAAUAGUUGAAGCAAACCCACUGCUGGAGGCAUUUGGAAAUGCCAAAACUGUCCGAAAUAACAACAGCAGUCGCUUUGGAAAGUUUGUGGAGAUUCACUUUAAUGAAAAGAAUGCAGUAGUAGGUGGUUUUGUGUCUCAUUACCUGUUGGAGAAGUCUCGUAUCUGCACACAAGGUCAGGAUGAGAGGAACUAUCACAUCUUUUACAGGCUGUGUGCUGGAGCUUCUGAAGAUAUCCAGCAGAAGUUCCACCUCACCUCGCCAGACUGUUUCAGGUAUCUAAGUCGAGGAUGCACACGGUACUUUUCCUCCAAGGAUUCAGACAAAAACAUACUUCAGAACCGCAAGAGUCCAGAGCAUCUGAAGGCAGGUCCUCUCAAAGACCCAUUGCUGGACGAUCACGGGGACUUUAACAGAAUGUGUGUUGCCAUGAAGAAGAUCGGUUUGGAUGACACAGAGAAACUGAAUAUGUUCAGAGUGGUGGCAGGAGUUUUACACCUGGGAAACAUCGAUUUUGAAGAGGCGGGCAGUACGUCAGGUGGCUGUAACAUUAAGAAAGCCUGCAGUCAGUCACUAGAGUUUUGUGCAGAGAUCUUGGGUCUGGAUGAAGAAGAUUUGAGGGUCAGUCUGACCACUAGAGUCAUGCUUACCACUGCAGGGGGCGCUAAAGGCACAGUCAUCAAGGUUCCUCUGAAGGUGGAGCAGGCCAGUAACGCUCGUGAUGCUUUAGCUAAAGCCAUCUACAGCCGUCUGUUUGAUCAUGUAGUCACCAGGAUUAACCAGUGCUUCCCAUUCGACUCCUCUGCUCAUUUCAUCGGUGUGCUGGACAUCGCUGGCUUCGAGUAUUUUGAACACAACAGUUUUGAGCAGUUCUGCAUCAACUACUGUAAUGAGAAGCUGCAACAGUUCUUUAAUGAACGCAUCCUCAAAGAGGAACAGGAGUUGUAUCAGAAAGAAGGGCUUGGAGUGAAUGAAGUUCAUUAUGUGGAUAAUCAAGACUGUAUCGACUUGGUGGAGUCUAAGUUAGUGGGGAUCUUGGAUAUCUUGGAUGAAGAGAAUCGUCUACCUCAACCGAGUGACCAGCACUUUACAGAAACUGUCCACAGCAAACACAAGGAGCACUUCCGCUUGACUGUUCCCAGGAAAUCCAAGCUGACUGUGCACAGGAAUGUCAGAGAUGAUGAAGGCUUCAUCAUAAGACACUUUGCUGGAGCAGUCUGCUAUGAGACAACUCAGUUUGUGGAGAAGAAUAAUGAUGCCCUUCACAUGUCGUUGGCAUGUCUGGUAAGCGAGUCGAAGGAUAAAUUCAUCGGAAAUCUCUUUGAAAACUCCAACAACUCCAAAGUCACCAAACAGAAAGCAGGGAAACUCAGCUUCAUUAGUGUGGGCAACAAAUUCAAGACACAGUUGAAUAUCCUUUUGGACAAGCUGCGCAGUACCGGUUCAAGUUUUAUCCGCUGUGUGAAGCCCAAUCUAAAGAUGAUAAGUCAUCAGUUCGAGGGAGCUCAGAUACUGUCACAACUUCAGUGCUCAGGUAUGGUGUCUGUGUUGGAUUUGAUGCAGGGUGGCUUCCCCUCACGUGCACCCUUCCACGAGCUCUACAACAUGUACAAAGAGUACAUGCCUGCCAAGCUCACACGACUCGACCCACGACUCUUCUGCAAGGCUUUGUUCAAAGCUCUCGGCCUGAAUGAAAACGAUUAUAAGUUUGGUUUGACGAAGGUUUUCUUCAGACCUGGAAAGUUUGCAGAGUUUGAUCAGAUCAUGAAGUCAGAUCCUGAUCAUCUGGCUGAGCUUGUCAAACGUGUUAAUAAAUGGCUCAUCUGCAGCCGCUGGAAGAAGGUGCAGUGGUGUGCGCUGUCCGUUAUUAAACUGAAGAAUAAGAUGCUGUAUCGAGCUCAAGCGUGCAUCCAGAUGCAGAAAAAUGUUCGCAUGUGGCUCUGCAAGAGGAAACAUAAACCACGUAUUGAAGGGUUGGUGAAAGCUCGUAACCUGAAGAAGAGGAUGGAGAAUUUGAAUGAGGUGGUUUCAGGACUGAAAGAGGGCAAACAGGAAAUGAGCAAACACAUGCAGGAACUAGAUUCCUCUAUAAAUGCACAUAUUCUCAAGAUUAAGAGCAUUGUGAUGAGCCGUAUUGACAUUGAUCAUGAGCAUCAGGCACUGGUCACACGCUCACAAGAGCUGCUCAGCAACAUGCAGAAGAAGAAACAGGAGGAGGAGGAGAUGGAGCGUCUCAGACGAAUCCAAGAGGAAAUGGAGAAAGAGAGAAAGAGACGUGAGGAAGAUCAACAGAGACGCAAACAAGAGGAAGAUGAAAGACGCAUGAAAGCAGAGAUGGAGUUGAAGAGGAAACAGGAAGAGGAAGAGCGAAAGAAAAGGGAAGAGGAGGAGAGGAGAAUGCAGGAGGAGAUGGAGCUGCAGUUGGAUGCAGAGAAAGAGCAGGACGCGGCACGGCAAACCAUGCUGGAACAAGAGCGGCGAGAUCGUGAGCUCGCCCUGCGGAUCGCCCAGAGUGAGGCAGAGCUGAUUCCAGAGGAGAUGCCCGCAGACGCAGGUCUGCGCAGUGUUGCACCACAACAAAAUCUCAAGAGCUUGACCAUGGAGGAAAUGGCCAAGGAAAUGUCUGAUCUGCUGGCUCGAGGUCCACAGGUAUCGGCCACUAACACUCAAGCUGAUGUCAAGAAAUAUGGACUGAGCAAGUGGAAGUAUGCUGAAUUACGAGAUGCCAUCAAUACUUCCUGUGAUAUCGAGCUGUUGGCGGCAUGUCGUGAGGAGUUUCACCGCAGACUGAAGGUUUAUCACGCAUGGAAGUCAAAGAACAAGAAACGCAACGUUCAGGAUGAACAGAGAGCUCCAAAAGUCGUCAUGGACUACGCCCAGCAGAACCCAGCUCCACCCGUCAUGCAUCAAAAGCACGAGAUCAUGAUGAAUCGACAGCAACGAUUCUUCCGCAUUCCCUUCAUCCGCCCAGGGGACCAAUACAAAGACCCCCAGAGCAAUAAGAAAGGAUGGUGGUAUGCCCACUUUGAUGGGCCGUGGAUCGCCCGACAGAUGGAGCUGCACCCAGAAAAACACCCCAUUCUACUGGUGGCAGGUAAGGAUGACAUGGAGAUGUGCGAGUUGAGUUUGGAGGAGACCGGUUUGACACGGAAGCGUGGUGCUGAGAUUCUCCCCCGCCAGUUUGAAGAGAUCUGGGAACGCUGUGGAGGAAUUCAGUACCUUAGAAAUGCCAUCGAGAGCAGACAGGCCCGGCCCACUUACGCCACUGCCAUGCUGCAGAGCAUGCUCAAUUAAACACACACACACACACACACACACACACACAAACACACACACACUCUAUAUCUGAAGAGCAUCUCUAAUGCAAGAAAGAAGAAUUUCUUAAUCAUAUUUUUGUCUUGUUUCCCAGGAAAAACAACAACAUGCUUGCAAAAUUGUGUACAAUAGGAAGACUUGUUUUCAGAGGAUAUAUCUUGAUGUUUAUUUGUCUUACCACACUGGCAUAUAGUUUGAUUAAAGCAGAAAUCUCUCAGCAUUUAGUAAGGUUUAUGCUUUAAACAAGAUUAGAUUUGUAAAUGGGGUUGAAAAAUAACUUAUUUCAAGAUGUAUUUUCUGAUUAAUCUGAAAAUUAUGCUUCCCAAAUAAAUGUAUUUUGUUUUGAGGAAAACAAGAGACAAAAACUGAUUAAGAAAAUUGUCUUUUUUGCUGUGAAAAUACACUGGUCUGUGUGUACACAAACUUAGCUCUGUAAUUUGAUUUGAAGGGAAGACAGCCUGCUUAACAAGCAUUCAUUUAAAAAAAAAAAUUUUUUUUCUUUUUAGUAUUUCUUUAGUAACUGUCUCAUAUUUUUUUUUUUUUUUUUUCAUAUUUUAAAUUCUGCCACAUUGAAUCAUUCCAUUGAUUUGACUUAAAUUACUGUUCUUUACAGUGUAAUUUUCUCUAAACUGCCUCUUAAUAUAGUCUAAGUAAAACAUUUUGGUAUAUGAAUAAUCCACAAAUAAUUCAUUGGGAAUGUUCCUUAGAAGAAAUUCAAUAAGUGUGUCUUUUCCUAACAUUUAAUUGAGUCUUGAAUUGAAAUAAAGACAUGUAGACGUAAAUACUGAGAUGGUUCAGCACUUUACACUAUUCUGACUUUUGAUAUUCACUGUCAAUUUAACAGCUUGCAAUAAGCUAUAAUACAGUAAAUACAAAACUCUGGUAUGUAAUGACCACUAAAUGUGACUUGAGUGGAAGAAAAAUGUUUAAUAAAAAUGAUUUUAAUAAUAUAUUUUUAAUGAUAUAUUUAAAGCCCUAAUUAUAUACACACACACACACACACACACACACUUACAAAUAAUACCAUGAAUUAUUUUUAUUUAGAAUUGUAUUUAUUCAGGAAGCAUUAUAAAAAAAAUAAAAACCCUAUGUCAAUAUUUGGUGUGACCACCAUAUGCCUGUAUAACAGCACCAAUUGUCCUGGGGACACUUGCACAAUUUUUAAAGGUCAUUGGCAGGUUGGUUGUUCAAAGCUUGGAAAACCUGCCACAGUUCUUUGUAUUUAGGCUUCUGUCUCUUCAUGUAAUUCCACACUGACUGAAUGAUGUUGAGAUCCGGGCUCGGUGGGGGUCAUACCAUCUGUUGCAAAACACAUUUUUCUACUUCUAUUCUAUUGUAGUUACAAAACAAACAUUUGGAAAUGUAAAAUUAAUAUUUCCUCUUGACACACUACAGCAGAAGAUAUAAAAUUCCCAUUAGAAUGAGGAAUAUUCAAAAAUAUGCUAAUGACUAUUCAUUCUAAGUAAUAAAAUAAAUAUGAAAUAAUUAAUGACUACAUUUUUUCAAAUAAAAACUAAAGCCUUAAUAAUAGUUUCUGUUUCAGUGCAAAUAGUGGAAGAAAAAACAAAACAUUUAUACAAGUCAUUCAUUACAGUGAAUCUGUUAUGCAUACAAAUGUAACUAAUCUAGAAUGGUACUAAUAAAUGUUAAUGUAACAUUACAUUUGGUGCCAAAUAU